GUCAGUUAUAAUAUUAGCAGAGCCCUGCUAGUUUUCAAAACCACUGUGAGCUAUAUAAAUGAGACAAAUGUACACUCGGAUCGAUGGAAAAUGUUUGGGAUGCAUUACAGAAGCCUCUUAUGAGAAGCAUCUUAACUACCCAGAACGAUUUGGACGCCUGCAGAGGGGUCAUUCUACGGUAUCCCCCGCCAUGUAUUGGAAUAGACUUUGGGGCUAUGAUGGAGUUUCUGGACGUGAACAGCUCUUUGCUCAGCAAAGAAUGCACAGUAUGAUCAGCUCAGUGGAUGUAAAGUCAGAGGUUCCUGUGGGAUUGGAGCCCAUCACACCACUGGACUUGCGAACAGAUCUCAGGAUGAUGGUUCCCAUGGUGGACCCAAUUAUGCGUGAAAAGCAGCUCCAGCAGGAGCUACUUCUGAUCCAGCAGCAGCAGCAAAUUCAGAAGCAACUUCUGAUUGCGGAGUUUCAGAAACAGCAUGAAAACUUGACCCGACAACACCAGGCCCAGCUCCAGGAGCACAUAAAGUUACAACAGGAACUCCUUGCCAUUAAACAACAGCAAGAACUCCUUGAAAAGGAGCAGAAACUGGAGCAGCAGAGGCAAGAGCAGGAACUAGAGAGACAUCGCAGGGAACAGCAACUUCCUCCCCUCAGAGGCAAAGAGAGAGGCCGAGAAAGUAAGAGCCACGGGGCAGUGGCAAGCACAGAAGUGAAGCAGAAACUUCAAGAGUUCCUGUUGAGUAAAUCAGCAACAAAAGACUCUCCAACUAAUGGGAAGAAUCAUUCCACGAGCCGCCACCCCAAGCUCUGGUACACGGCUGCCCACCAUACCUCACUGGAUCAAAGCUCUCCACCCCUGAGCGGGGCCUCUCCAUCAUACAAAUACACUUUACCAGGAGCACAGGAUGCCAAGGAUGAUUUUCCACUUCGAAAAACUGCCUCAGAGCCCAACUUGAAGGUGCGUUCCAGGUUAAAACAGAAGGUGACAGAAAGGAGAAGCAGCCCCUUACUCAGGCGGAAGGAUGGAAAUGUUGUCAGUUCAUUCAAGAAGAGACUGUUUGAAGUGACAGAGUCAUCAGUUAGUAGCAGUUCUCCAGGAACAGGGCCCAGCUCACCAAGCAAUGGCCCUACUGGAAGUGUGACAGAAAAUGAAACCUCACUUUUGCCAUCUAAUUCUCAAGCUGAGCACUUGGUUUCUCAACAACGUAUUCUGAUUCGUGAAGAAUCGAUGAACCUGUUGAGUUUGUAUACGUCUCCUUCUUUGCCCAACAUUACCUUGGGACUUCCAGCAGUACAAUCCCAGCUCAGUGCUUCAUCUUCACUCAAAGAAAAACAGAAGUGUGAGACCCAGACCCUGAGGCAGGGAGUGGCUCUUCCUGGACUGUAUGCGGGAAACAUGCCUCCCUCUUCAGCUCAGCCUCAUAUUGCUCUAGAGGGAAAACCUAACAGUAGCCAUCAGGCUCUCCUGCAACAUUUGUUACUGAAGGAGCAAAUGAGACAGCAAAAGCUUCUAGUGACUGGAGGGGUUCCUCUCCAUCCACAGUCUCCAUUAGCAACAAAGGAAAGAGUCUCACCUGGCAUCAGAGUUGCCCACAAGUUGCCUCGUCAUAGGCCCCUGAAUCGAACCCAGUCAGCUCCACUGCCUCAGAGCACCUUGGCCCAGCUGGUCAUUCAGCAGCAGCACCAGCAGUUCCUGGAGAAGCAGAAACAGUACCAGCAACAGAUUCACAUGAACAAACUGCUCUCUAAAUCCAUUGAACAGCUAAAGCAGCCUGGCAAUCAUCUCGAAGAAGCUGAAGAAGAGCUUCAUGGAGAUCAUGCUAUGCAGGAAGAAAGAGCUCCCUCUAGUGGUAACAGCAUUAGGGACGACAGCUGCAGCGUUUGUGUGGAUGACAGAAUAGGACAGCAUGUGGGGGCUGUGAAAGUGAAAGAGGAGCCACUGGACACUGAUGACGAUAAUCAAACCCAGCAAAUGGAAUCUGGGGAGCAGGCUGCUUUUAUGCAACAGCAGAUCCUGGAGCAUCAACGUAUCCACCAGUUGCAAAUGUACCAGGCUCAGAUGGCUACAGUUGGCAUGGCAGGAUUAGAUAAACAUCGGCCUGUUUCCAGGACCCAUUCUUCCCCUGCUGCUUCCACAUUACCUCAUCCAGCAAUGGACCGGCCCAUCCAGCCUGUCUACAUGACUGGUGUUGUCUAUGACAGUCUAAUGCUGAAGCACCAAUGCAUGUGUGGCAACUACACCAACCAUCCCGAGCAUGCUGGAAGAAUACAAAGCAUCUGGUCGAGGCUGCAAGAAACUGGGUUGCUAAACAAGUGCGAGCGAAUUCGAGGUCGAAAAGCCAGUCUGGAGGAAAUACAGCUGGUUCACUCUGAACAUCAUUCACUGCUAUAUGGCACCAGCCCCCUGAACAGACAGAAGCUGGACCCCAGGAAACUCCUAGGCAGCGUGUCUCAAAAAAUCUUUUCCUUGUUGCCUUGUGGGGGACUUGGGGUGGACAGUGACACCAUUUGGAAUGAGCUGCAUUCGUCCGGCGCUGCACGCAUGGCUGUUGGCUGUGUCAUCGAACUGGCUUCCAAAGUAGCCUCUGGAGAGCUGAAGAAUGGUUUUGCUGUUGUAAGGCCCCCAGGCCAUCAUGCUGAAGAAUCAACAGCCAUGGGGUUCUGCUUUUUUAAUUCGGUUGCAAUUACUGCCAAAUACUUGAGAGACAAGCUAAAUAUAGGCAAGAUAUUGAUUGUAGAUCUGGAUGUUCACCAUGGCAAUGGUACACAGCAGGCUUUUUAUGCUGACCCCAGCAUCCUGUAUGUUUCCCUCCAUCGCUAUGAUGAAGGCAACUUCUUCCCUGGCAGUGGAGCCCCAAAUGAGGUUGGAAGAGGCCUUGGCAAAGGAUAUAAUGUAAAUAUUGCUUGGACAGGUGGCUUGGAUCCCCCCAUGGGAGAUGUAGAGUACCUAACAGCAUUCAGGACUGUGAUUAUGCCUAUUGCCAAUGAGUUUGAUCCGGACAUUAUCCUAGUAUCAGCGGGAUUUGAUGCUGUGGAAGGCCACGAUGCUCCAUUAGGCGGGUACAAAGUCACAGCUAAAUGUUUUGGUCACCUAACAAAGCAGUUGCUGAAGCUAGCAGCUGGUCGUGUGGUGCUGGCACUGGAGGGAGGACAUGACCUUACUGCCAUCUGUGAUGCAUCUGAAGCCUGUGUAAAUGCCCUUCUAGGAAAUGAGCUGGAGCCUCUCCCAGAAGAUAUGCUGCACCAAACCCCUAAUAUGAAUGCAAUGGCUUCUUUACAAAAGACCACUGAAAUUCAAAGCAAGUACUGGAAGUCAGUGAAGCCGUAUCCUGUGCUAGUGGGUUGUGCUCUGGCUGAGACUCAGAAACGAGAGAGAGAGGAGACGGAGACUGUCUCUGCGAUGGCCUCACUGUCAGUGGGUGCUGAACAGUCUUUUUCUCGGGAAGGCAACAGAGCUGCUGGCGAGCCCAUGGAAGAAGAACCAGCCUUGUGAAGUGCCAAGUCCUCCCUGAUAUUUCCUGUGUGUGACAUCAUUGUGUAUCCCCCCAAAGCACCCUCAGACAUGUCUUGUCUGCUGCUUGGGUGGCACAGAUCAGAUGGAACAUAAACACUGGGCACAAAACUCUGAACAGCAGCUUCACUUGUUCUUUGGAUGGACUUGAAAGGGCCCUAAAGAUUCCUUAAAUGUAACCGCUACAAUUCUAAAGUUACAAUAAAUUAGGCUUGAGAGAAAGAGCCUAGUGCAUGCUUUUAAUAUGCUGUGUGACCCACUCACUGACAUAAAUUGUGAAAUAGAAAUAUUAAAAUAUUUUACAUGAUAGAUUACUGAUAGCUACAAAAAUUGCAACAUCCAGCAAAAUUCUGGGGAAACUCCAUGAAUCACUCUUUCUGACAUUCUGAAAAACUUUUUACUGGGUAAUCGUUUUCACACUGUGUUAAAUUGUUAAUAGAACUUGUUGUCCGUGCUUCGUGUAAUGAAAUAAUGGAUAGUUCCUAAACCGUGUCUUUUUGAAGGCAAUGUAUUGAAUUCUUGUCUGGAUAAAUUAAAGACGUGUAAAUUAGGAUGAGAGAAUUUUAGCUAAAAAGAAAGCACUGCUUGCUGGACUUUAUGUCCCCCAAAGUACUGUGCUUAGUGGUGUGUUGUUUUAUUUUCUCUCUUUCUAGAAUUAUAUCCAUGUUUAAUGUAUAAUUUUAUAUCAAUGACACCAUAAUCAAGGUUCUCUACAAUGAGUGAUCUUCUGCCUUUUUAAAAAUGCUGCACUCUGCAGAGUUGACAGUAGCUUUCAGCAUAUGUGCAUUAGAGACUCAAAUAGUCUCUGAAAAAUGGAUGACUUUUCAAAAGUUGUUUUAGUUUGUUUUGCAUCCUGACUCUAAGAAGAGAAAGCUUAAGUAUUUGUGUGGAGCUCAUUGGAAGCUCAGGUGUUUCUGCAGUGAUAAUUUGUUGAGAGGUUUUUUUACACGUCACCAUCUGAAUGCAAACAGAUUAUUUUCAUUACUGCAGACUCACAGAAGUUAGUGUUGCUUAAAAAGUUUCAAAGGGUUUAGCCUAUAUUUUAGAUCCUUAAAAGUAGCAAAAUGUCCUUGAAAAGUGACUUUAACUCCUUAAAUUAAUGUUUGAGAGUGUAACAUAGAACUGUGCCUUUAGCAGAUAAUGAACACUUAAACUAUUACACAUGUUGCCUUAUUGUCAGAGAAGGUAAAAGGGAACAGAGCAUUUAUGUAGAAUACUUUAAAUGAACACAAAUUGUGAUACAGCAAGUUUAGUUUUGUUUACAAUGUCCCCCGACCCCCACCCCCGGUGAACCCUGGGAGCUGUUUUACUUACCUUGAAGAAUUCUACUUGCAGUAUUUGAAAGCUGGCUUUGCUUUUGAAAGUAAGUGAUGUUCAUUUUUUAUAUAUUUUCCAAACUCAAAGGAUAUAUUAAAGCCAUAAGUGAAGACUGUCAUGCUUUUUAUUCAGAAAUCUGAAAGAAACCUUAAUUAAAACAAGAUUUUGGGGAAUGCCAUGAUAUGAAAGAUAUGGAACAAUAUGGUUUCAGUUAUAGGGGACUCAAACCUGUAAAUCAAAGAUGAAAGAUUUCACUCAAAUAGAAUUAUAUAAUUCUCUUUUGUUAUGCAGUCAGACUAUAUUUUUCAUGCAUUUGGGUUUGUUUACAAUUAGCAUUUUAAUUUUAAAGACUUUUAUUACUUAUACAAAAACUCUCUUGGAAAUCUUGGAAAUUUGAGGCACUCUUUGAAAUAGGAAAUCUGAAAGGAAUGUAAUUUCCUAUAACAUGAAGUAGACUUCUAUUUUGAAAGAGUUAUGUUAAAAUGGAUAUAUACCAUUCAUUAAUUUUUAAAAUAAAAUGAAAUUCUACCCACACUUUUAUGAGCUAAUUCCUGCUUGUUUUACUAAUGCAAAUAGUCCCAACAGGCUAAAUUCAUUCGGGUGUAAUUCUCUCCCAUGGAAUUACACCAAAGCUAAAUAUGGUCCAUUGACUUGAAUGGGACUAUUCAGAUGAAUAAAGCAAUCAGGAUUUGGUCCUGUAUUAUCAAAGGAGCUAGUUAUGACAAUCUUACCUAUCAGUUAUUGCAAUUUUCUAGUAAUCAUCAAAGAAACUGUGCUCCAAGGAAACCAAGAACCAUGGCUGAUGGAUUGGGUAUUUUAAAAUGGUUGUCCUGAUUUAAAACAACGUGAUGUAAUAUUUUAUUUGGAUACAUAAUUGGGAGGAUUUAAAAAUAACCUAAAAACCUAUUUGCAUUUUCUAGCAUAUAUGCAAAUAAGAAUGACUGAUCUACACUAAUUUAACUCUGUAUUUAUGGGGGGAAAUGUGCAGGCAUCAGCUAAGUCAGUCUUGGUAAUUGGAAUCAUUUUACAAUUUCCAAGACCAUUUGGAUUAAAAAUACAUUAUUAAAGCAAUCACACAUUCAUGCUUUCCUAUAGACAGACAUUCAUAUAUGAGACUGUACACUGUUGGUUCCAGUUAGAAUCAUUUGGAGAAGCAAAUGUGCAGAUAAACUACACAUAGGAUUAAUGACAUGACCGUGUGCCUGCUCUUGUUCCCAGUGAAGUCAAUAACAAAACUCUCAUCGAUUUCAAUGGAAGGAAGAUUGGGCCCUGUAUUUGCAAGUUCAGAGCACCAUUGCUUUUUGAUUAUACCAUUACAAGAUACAGCAUAGCCCUGUGGGACAUGACUGAAGCUUAUGGAGAAUAUCAACACUCUCUUUAAAACAAACCAGUGCUUUCUGAGAGGGCAGUUUCACUUGCUGCUGUUUUAUUUUCAUUGUUUUUUUUUUAAUUUUGAUUACCAACAAUAGCUCCCCAUGGGAUGCUGUUAGACUCUCUCCCAUUUAAGCACAGAUUUUAGCCAUAUCUCUUGGUCAAUAAUCACACCCACCCACUUAAAAAUGCUUGUUUUUAAUUGAAAUCAAGCCCAAAUUUCCAAAAGUGUUCACUAAUUUUAGGUGUCUCCAUUUUUCAGUUUCCAAGUUUAGACAUGUAAGAAUUGACUUACAGAGGAAUGGCAGACUUGUAGCAUCCAUUGACUUAAACUUGAGUUGGACAUGACUGGCACUUCUGAAAAUUAAGUCCCCGGUGUCUAAAGUUGGCCACCAAAAAAAUGAGGCUCACAAAAUUAGAUUACUUCUGAAAAUGUGGGCCUAAAUAUUCAUACAAUGGGACAUUCGUAUGGGAGCCAUUAUGUCAUGGAGAAGGUGGAGUCAAAGGAGGUAUACAGAGGCCUGGGACCUCCAUGUGCUUCUCUUACCUACUAUGGAAGUCAGAACCUCAGCCAGUUUUGGGGACAAUCACUCCCCUGUCAUUUCUAUCGGUGUUCAUGGUUCAGGUGGGAGACCUUGUAGGAAAUUCAGAAUCGAAACUCAUAGUGAUUCCAAGCCCCUGUAUCUGAUAAACCAGAUGGAGAUAGCAUGUAGCGUAAUAUCAAGACCAACUUGUUUUUCUGCACUAUAAUACCUUUACUGGACUGGGGUGGAAAUAACGAUGAAUAUUCAACUGCUAAUAACUCAAUGUAUGCUGUGGUUCAUUUUCUAACUUUUCUUGUGGGAAUCAUAUGUGUACUAAUUUGUUUUAGUACAAGGUGCAGCAAUUAUGGGCCUGAUUCUGUGGUUCUUACUUCCCACAAAAGUAAUCCAAGCCCACAGAAGUCUAGCCAAUGUGAAGACAGCAGGAUGGGUCCUUUGCUUGCAUACCUACUUAAUUUUACUUACCAUGAAAGUGAGGAAACUAGUUUGAGGAAAUCAAACCUGAAAAAUCCACUAACCUCUCUUAUAUAAAACUAAUAAAAUAACUAGAGAAUAAAAAUAACUCUUAUAUAAGCAAAGAUUACUUUGUCUUUUAUAUUAAAAAAACCCCAACAAAGCACAGCUAAGGAUAAGGUGGCAAAAUUAUUCUCUGACUGGAAUAUCUUGGGGUUUUUUUUCCUGCAGAUAUCUUGUCUGAGUACAGACUCCCUUAGAAGCUAGGAAGCAUAAUUGGAGAUGAAAUAUUAGAAAGGUUGUGCUGCAGCCAACUCCAGAGGUACUGCAGAGACCAAGAACUGGAGACAGACUAGUUUGUGUAGACAUACAGCUAAACACUUCCAGGGCAAUCUGUCUGGAACGAGGAACCCAGGGGAAGAUUGCCACAGCCACAAAUGGCAAUUAGGCACCUAACUCCCAUUAACUUGUAGCGCAAAGUGCCUAACUGCCAUCUACACCUCUGAAAAUUCCUCUCCCCUUCCAAAAAAAAAAAGGAAAAAAAGAAUAGCGACAAUUAGGUGCCCUGCCCUUAAAAUGUGCUCCAUGUAGUCAUCCCUCUUACCUAAAAUGCACAAGCCUGGAGGAGAGAUGCUGUCUAACAUGAGAACUAUAGAGAAAUAGAAGGUUCUGCUCCAGUGGUCCUUCCAAGGGCCUAAAUAACAGUGCACAGUUGUUUUAUUUUAAAAGGUCGCCCAUAGGACCUGGUGAACCACUGUAAAGUGUGUGUGGGGAGGGGGGAGGGGUCGUUUUGGUUAUUUUUUUUCAGACUCCAUAUGAAAGUAAAAGAGAAUAAAUAUGUUGAUAGGGGAAACCUGCUGGGAAAGAAUUUCUCUUAACUCUGCUACCUGGAAUUGGAAGGGUUUGGGGAUUUCAUUGUUUCUUUAGCUUUUACUUUUUCACUUCACUUAUUAUGUGUUUCAUUUUAACUAUGCUUUUUUUUGCAGAGUACAAAAUCUGUUAGUUCUGACAGAAGCCUCUAUGCUUGAUGUGGGAAUAAGAAUAACUUAUCUCCGUCACUUCUCACAGAAUAAACAGUCUUCUUUAUUUGCAAUUAAAUGCUUAGUUUUGUAACAGAUCCAAACUGGAGUCAGUAUUUUAUUAGUUCGAUUUCACUGUCUGUCUGCUGAUUGUUGUGACUUUGAAACUAACAUUCCUUUCUAACCUCAAAAAUGGCCCAUUUGGGGACUAGCAAUGUAAUAUUUUCAUUUGGUCCGAAAGGGGGAUUUUUGUUCCAUGGCAUCUUGCUACCAGCUCAGCAGAAGCAAAGUUUUAGGCACUAGUAACUAGCACACCACAAGAGAAAAGCUAAAAACAAAAAGAACUUUCCAGCUGGUACUGCAUAUACUGUAUGUACUCUCCAGUCCCUCCUCACAGAGCUGGAUUCUGCAGCUCUGCAUUUUAUGACCAUUUAUAAAGUAUUCUGCAUAUGAGGCUGCUUGGUUUUAAAAGCUGAAUGUGAAUGAUUAAGCUGUAACACUGUAGGUCCAGUCAUGUAGUACGUGGAGUGUGCAUAAGGUCCGCAGAAAUAUGAACCAUAAACCUUAGGAGCUCUGUCACUAUAUUAUGUGAGAGGUGAUUCUUCUUUGCUAAAUCUCCAAAUGCUUUUCCUGAAUUUUAAGGCACUCCCCAGGGUAUUUCUGGAUAUUCGCUGCCUGUAGGCACAUCUGCAAAGGCAAAGUUGCAUGGAGCCUGAUCCAAAAUCCACUGAAGACAAUGGAACAUCCCCCAUUGACUUCAAUGUGCUUUGGAUGAGGUCCAUUAAGCAGCACUGGAUCCAGACCUAAACUCUGGAUCCAAACAUGCCUGAACAUGCACAUCUGCCCAAGCGAAAAAAAAAAAAAAAAAGGGCGGGGGAGAGGGCCGGAAUUGUGCCGCCCCAAGCACGUGCUUGCUUUGCUGGUGCCUAGAGCCAGUCCUGCUCUGCAGACCCCUCACCCUUGCUACUUUAUUUAUUGCCGUGUUAAACUACCGGUUAGGUUUAACAUUUUAAAAUAAGGAUGCAGUAGAACAACAAAAAGCAACACCUGGUACAUUUGUUGUUAAAUCUUUCAGAACAAGCUUGUUGCUGUGUAUGUCAACAAUGCUGCUUUUUUCCUCUGGUCUAAAGAUGCACAGUUGAAAUGUCAAUUUUUAGUUUAAAUUGUUGUUUGCUAUCUGUUUCUAUAAUAAAAGCGAUACGUUGGGUUCUCUGCAUUAAAAGUUUCAUUGAUCAUUUAUCUUUCCAGCUUCAUUAACGUAGGAGCUGCUGAGAAAAAUUUAAAUUGCCAAACCUGUUUGGAAAGCAGUGGGGUCAUCCCAAAUGUGCAAAACUCUUCUAGAAUAAAAGGUUAAUAUUAAUAUUGCUGUGCAACUAAGAGGAGCCAGUGGAUCAUUAUGAGUCCUGAUACGUUUUUGUAUCUGAAAGCAUCCAUUGGGUGACUUUGAGUAGUGUUGUGCUCCAAAAAUUUGUUGGUUGUAGAUAUAUAGGCGUUGGACUGGUGUAAGUAGAUUUCAAUCGAGUUGUGAAAAUUCCUUUUGUCUUGCGUUUUGUAUAAUUAUUUGACUAU